CCUCAAAUCACGUGGCUCGAAGGGAAGAGUCGGGCGAUGACGUCAUUGUCAGUCGACGCCAAGGAGUAGCAAUAUGGGACCGACUAGUGCGUCGUCCGUAUCCGUACAGUACAGAAAGAGAGACCGAAAUUUCGGACGUAGAGGCCGAGCAGCGUUAGGUAACGAUGGGCAAUUAAAGGUGAAAGGUAAACGUGAGGCCCCGGGGGGUAAGAGACAAGACGUGCAGGGGACUAAAGGCGACAGAGUUCCUGGGAAGAGACCGAGCUUUGACGGUAAAGUGAAGCGGAGAUGGAGGCCAAAUCCAGAGCAAAAGUUGUUCAAGGGAAGCGCGAAAGAAGGACAAGGAUUUGCUUUGUGGAGAAAGGAAAAAAUUCAGUUCCAAUAUAAAAAGCUGCUAAGAAAACAAAAGAAGGCAAAUACUAAGGAAGUCUCAUAUAGUGAUAACUAUCCUGAACAUCUGAAGCAUCUCUACUUGGCUGAGGAAGAAAGACUGAAAAGUCAAGAAAAACAAAGAAAACCUAAAAAUGAGACCUCCGAGACAGCAGACAAAGAGAAAGAAGUAAUACCAAAGAAAACGUUUAGGAAGAAAACUUCAAAUCAAAAAGCAAAAGAAGAAUAUGAACGGGUACAACAGGAGCGUGCAAAGAAAAGAGAAGAGGCAGAGAACAACAGGCGGAAAAGAGAAGAAGCAAUCAAACUUUACAAAGAGAGAAGAACUGAAGCCUAUAAAGCACUAAGUGCAAAAACAAAGAAAGGACAGCCUGACUUCAAUGUACAAAUGGAAUACUUGCUGAAGAAGAUUCAAAGCAAAUCUUAACUUAUUUUACAUCAACUUCUUACAGGAUGCAUCAUCAGUGGUGCGUUGUGACAUUACAUCCUUUCAUGUGAGAGGCUUUCUGCGUAACUUCUUUGUUUUUGUAUU